UGUGAGGCUUAUUUCCAUUCUUUGUGUUCGGUGGACACAAAGCUUUGCAGCACUGAAUUGUGACCCAGAAUCUCAUUGCAUCACCCAACAAAUACUGGCUGGAAUACGCCGGAGUGAUUAACACUAAUCAAGAGGAUGUAAUUAACGCUAAUUACGAUGGCGUAGGGGUGUGAUUAGAGCUCCUGCACUGAGAGAGAGAAAGUGAGGCAGUUGAUCAACGCGUCUGCCGGUUCAUUCGCCGUCUGGAAAAAUGGUCACCAGCCUCCGAAAAAGUGCUUAACUGACUCAAGUCUACAUGAUGUCAUGGCGAAGUCUUGAUUCUGGCAAGUGGGUUGGAGUUUGUUGCAAGGGAGGGAGGAGGGGAUCAUGAGCCGGAUUUGUACCAGAGACAGAGAGUAUGAUGCCAGAAGUUAGGCGCAGAUGCGAAGGAUCCUGAGUUAGCUUGCCUUUCUCAGGAGGUUUUUUUUCUUAUUUUUUAUUCUCAUUUGACCCAGAGAAGUGGGCAUGGCGCGAGGCGGAAGCGCACAUUAUUGCAGGAGGUGCAGGAUUUGCUGGAGUGUCGCAGAUGAUAUAGGGGAAGUCACGGAUCUCCACUGUGGGUGGUGACUUAGGGCGUGUGCUACGGUUGCAUGCGAAACUGGGAGCAGGAGGGAGCUUCGAGGUGGAGGGAGAUUGAGGAUCCUGCGGCGUCAGGCAAAUUGGAACCGGAAGGCAAGCCCAGUCACCCACUGACAAGCAUUUGAUUGAUUCCUCAUCAACCACAAGCCAAUGUCAGAGCCGGGACAUCGAACUAUGGUGUCAGAGAAACUGGUGACACGUGUGUUCUUGCAUCAAUCGCACCUACUGCUGAGUGGCAAGCGUUCAAUUCGGCGGGUGUAUGUGUGUCCUCGUCGCCGUGUUUAUUUUAUUGGGUAUUAUUGCAUUUUUCGAUGAUAAUUUCUGUUCCUGAUCAUUAUCUUGUCGUUUUUCUCUGUGUCCUGCUGCGUGGAUCCACUUUCGGAUUCUGGCGUUAGGUUUAGUACUGGAUCUGGGGGAUGAGAUUUGAAGGAUUGAGCGUAAAGCUGCUUGAUUUCAUGCUGUGCGCCGGAGCAUGUGGUUGUCCUAAUGCACGAAUACCUAACACAAGAUUCUCAGGACAGUUCAGUUCAGUUCUACAAAUUUUUACCGGUGGCAUUAAUUCUAAGUUGUGUCACAUCUCUCGUCGUUGUCUAUGAUUUCAAGAAUAUAUUAGGUUAUCGAGCUGGGGGGUUAUUGUCGGAAAGCGAUACCUUUGCUUGUGUUGUCAUUUGAACAUCUAUGCGUGUGUGAAGUAUGUGACGUCCCAUUCGUGGUCACUAAAUUUCAACAUAGGCCAAGCAUCUCCCUUUAGAAAUGCAAACAUGUAGCAGUUCUGAGCUCCAACUUUUGCAUGCAUCAGCUGAAGGCUCUAGGGUAUCCACAAACACGCAACAAAGAAAUGGAGCCAUGUUUUGCAUCAUUUACUUUUAGCUUUUGGGAUAGUGUUCUAAAAGCUAGGUCAAGUUGCAUAGAAAUCUUACAGGUUUGCACCUACAUUCAUUGCAGGGAUUGCUCUGUAUGGAAAUUGCUGGUUUUGGGGGAAUGACCGGUCUGCACGACUUGGUGAUUAGUUUGUGUGCGGCGCAGUUAUCUCUUGUGCAGGAAGUGAACUGCAGCUGAAAUCUAUACGAGUACUUUAUGACUUUUGCAAGCCCACCGUUCGUUCGAACAGCGGGUACACGAUUAACAAAUAGAUUUUAUAAUCUUGAUUAGCUCUUGUUAGAGAACGAAGACAAAACCCCAUUUGUUCACCAAUUUAUUACGUCUAAAGAAUCAGACACCAUGGCGGGUGAGGAUGCGAAAAAGGUUUCGAAGAAAGCCGAUGAUAAGGAUGAUAGAGAGAAAGAGGCGGCCCCUUCUCCUCCUCCUCCUGCUCCCUCUCCACCUCCGCCGAAACCAGGAUAUUUCUCAGUCUGGGCUGAACCUGCACACUACGACUCAACAUUGCAUUUAAUAAUGACCCAGCUGAUGGAGCAGCAUGAGGGCCCUGCAUUUUUACCUCACGUGACGAUUAUGAGUCACCAUUGGAGUUCUCCUGAAGAAGCAGAGGCCAGUUUAAAGGCGCUCUGUGACUGCACUUUGCCCUUCACCCUCAAGGUCUUGAGAGUUGAAAGUGGCACAACUUACCAUCAGUGCAUCUACCUGCUCAUGGAUAAAACCCAAGAGGUGGUUAAAGCACAUGUAGAAGCAUUAGAAUGCUUUAAACAGCUCAAGGAGGAUAGCAAUCUUGAAGAGAUCACAGAAAAAUACAAGCCGCAUGUAAGUCUUCUAUAUUGCCACAUGAGAGAUGAAGAAUUGGACUUAGCAAAGGCGAAAGUGGAAGCAGAGCACGGGAAAAUAUUACUUGGCAAAGAAUACAACAUAACUCAUUUCUCUCUCUGGUACACCGAAGUGAAUGAUGAAUCUUGCAUCUCGUGGAAUAAGUAUAUGGACUGGCCAUUAAAAGAGCCUGAAAGACCUAUAUGGGCUCAAGGUCAAGGGACUCCGCGUUCCUCGCUAAAACCAGAGCCGAAACUAGAGGCGUAAUUAGAGGACUUCUUUGAUUCAAGUGUGCUACAAGCCCGGAUUUUGAGGGCUGGAAGACUUUGAGGACAGAUUGGUGCUAGAAUAUACGAUUCUCCUCAUACCUCCUCGGUUGCGCAAACGUCCACUUUUUUUUGUUAAUAUGAUCCAUUCUGCAACUCAUUGCAAUCGAGCUUGUAAAAUUUAAUUCCUCAUGUAUGCCUCAUGAAUUUUCAGCGUUGAGACUA